AUGGCUUACGCUCAGGGUUUCAACGCCAGCGGUCAAUUUCUGGAAGAGACUUCUGCAAUUGAACAGGGCAUUCACAAAGCUGUGAUUAAUAUUGAUCGUAUUCAAUCGCUGCAAUCUCAUAUUUUAGUUAGCACCUCAACUGAAAAAGAAGGUUCAUAUGGAGAGGAAC